AUGGCAGCCAUCAUGUACGCUCUUCCCGACCUCGGGCAGUACUGCAGAUCUGGCCUUCUGUUCCUGGCUUCAUGGGCUUUGUUUAUUAUUUAUCGGACAUUGCUGGUCGAACGAGACCCCAAUACAUUACCGUAUUUCGACCGGCCUCCCGGCAAGACUGGCUUCAGUCUGCGGACAUACUACAGGUACUACACAGACUGCGGGGGGUUGAUGCGAGAGGCGUACGAGAAGUUCCUCAGCAAAGGAAAACCAGUCUUCAUCCCAGGCCUGGGCAGUCGCAAGGAGCUCAUCCUGCCCAACACGUCGAUGAAAUGGGCUCUCGCACAGCCACCGCAUAUCCUCAACCAGCGCGCCGGAGUUUUGGAGCAGGACUGUCCGAAAUAUCUACUGGGCGACGAUUCAUUCCUCACCGACCCGUGGCAGGGGCUGUUAAUCAAAGCGGAGCUGCAGCCAUCGCUGGACCAUGUCUGUGCCGUGAUGAAUAUAGAGCUCGAGGCCGCAUUUAGUGAUUAUUUUGGCAACGAUACGGACACUUGGAGAGAGAUUGACCUCCUCAGUACAGUGAGGAAGAUUAUCGGACGGGCAUCGAGUCGAUUUACCGUCGGCGAGCCACUGUGCCGCAACGAGGAGUAUAUCAAGACCACCUUCGACACAGUCGACCAAACCCAUCUGGAAACCGGGAUUACCCUAUUAACCCCGACGCUUCUGCAGCCGAUAGUUGGGCAGUUUGUAAGCAGACGGGCAAACGCCCGAUUCGCCAAACUCGCCCAGAUGAUCAAGUCUGAGUACGAGCAUCGCCUCGCCAUGCUGCAGUAUCCCCGCGGCGACCCCCAGAUCAAGGACCAAGAGCCAAGCGAUUACUUCCAGAUCAUGCUGCGCUUCGCACAGCGAGAACGCCCACAGGACCUCGCCAGCCUCGAAACAAUGACGCGGCGUCUGUUCCUGGCAAACUUCGGCUCAAUGCACCGCACCUCAUUCCAAACAGCUAAUAUGCUGCUGAAUAUCGUCGACUCAGAUGUAAAAUACAAUACCAUAGACAUGCUCCGCGAGGAGAUCUCGCGUGUCUUGACACAGGCGGGCACUGAGGCGAGCGACAUGGCCUCGUGGAAUCGGGCGAAACUGGGGCAGCUUCUUCGGGCUGAUAGUGUCGCCAGGGAGACGAUGCGGUUGAAUUCCUUUGAUAAUCGGGGCUCUGUGCGCAAGGUCCUUGCUGAUGGGGUUAUCACGGAGGAUGGGCUACCGCUGCCACGGGGCACGGUGCUGUCUUUCCUGGGCCAUCCGGCGCAAGUGGAUGAGGAUGUGUACGGAGAUGCGCGAAAGUACGAUCCGUUUCGGUUCUCGAGACCUCACGAGGCAACGAUGGCGCCGGCCAGCAAGGCAGAGGGAGAAGAGGGCAAAGUAGCUCCGUCCGUGCCGGGGCUGGGGGCGCAGUCGUUCGUGACGACGAGUCCUUACCACCUGCCGUUUGGGCAUGGGAGGACGGCUUGCCCUGGACGGUUUCUAGUUGAUUUGGAGCUCAAGAUGAUUGUUGCGUAUGCAGUGACCAGAUACGACCUCGAGUUCCCGGCUGCGUAUGGCGGGAAGCGGCCACGACCUGUUUGGCUGUGUGAGUCUAUGGUGCCACCCAAGGGAGCUAAGAUUCGAGUCAAGAGGCGGAAGGUGUAA